UUUUAACCACUGAAGUAGGAAACCUAGGUCUAUGGUUUUAACUUACCAAAACAUUGAAAGGUCGAAUUAUAAUCAGUUUACUGAAUUUGCAAGCUAUCAAAAUCGUGUCUACCGUGCUUUGUAUUACGAAUUACGAGAAAAUAUUAUCAACGGAAUGUAAUGAUUAAAAUUGGUUAGUUUGAUAUUAAAACAAUUUUCUUAUUUGUUCAGAAUACGUUUUAAUCACGAAAACACCUGCAACGCCGCAGUAGUUUAGUGCAGCAUGGCCAGUGAUAAUAACAUGGCAGGUGCAAGCAAAACUGCCUUACCACCAGGCAGUGAUGAUGGCAACAGUGUUUUUUCUAUGAUGUACACAUUUCUCAAAAAGGUGUCGAUUGUAGGAGCUGUGUACUUAGUAGGUUAUAUGCAAUGGAGCGUUGCGUGGCUUAUUGGGCCCGUUAUAUUGUCGGUGAUGCGCGAUCAAUGGCGCAAGGAGAACGAAUACAAACGCAACAUAGCAAAGGUCGCUGCACUGUCUUCUGAAAAAGAUGUGAUACUAGCGAGACUUGACGACUUGCCUUCAUGGGUAUUCUUCCCGGACGUGGAACGAGCAGAAUGGUUGAACAGGAUACUCCUACAAGUCUGGCCGAAUGUGAACAGCUACGCAAAGACUUUAUUGAAAGACCUGAUCGAACCGGCUGUCGCGGAGAGCCUGGCCAAUUACAAACUCAGCGGAUUUAAAUUUGAACGUAUGAUUCUCGGUACCAUUGCGCCGCGGGUUGGUGGCGUCAAGGUUUAUGAUAAGAAUCUCUCGAGGAAUGAAAUCAUCAUGGACAUAGACUUAUUCUACGCCGGCGAUUGCGACAUCUCAUUCGUACUUCAACGCAUUCGCGGAGGAAUCAAAGAUCUCCAAGUGAGUUUGGUCGCAUUUAAUCUUUUUUCAGAAGACCGAAAUGACUUAUACCUAAACAUC